AUGGGUCGCUACUCGGGCAGGAGCAUCAGGCUCAUCCUCAUGUGCGUGGUGAGCCUUGUGCUUUUUGCUGUUGAGAUCUCAGUAGCCUACGUUGGCAAUUCUCUUUCCUUAGCUUCAGAUGCCUUUGCUGUUCUCUCUCACUUGAUCUCCAUGAUCAUCGGUUUGUUCACUGUUAGGUUCAGUCGCAUCAGAUGGCACAAGGCUAACACUUUCGGCUUCAGCCGGGCAGAUGUGCUGGGAGCUUUUGGCAACUCUGUUUUUGCCACCGCUCUGAUGUUUAGCAUCUUCGUUGAGGCAAUCAAGAGGUUUAUCAAUCCUCAGAAGACUGAGAAAGCACUGCUUGUCCUCGUUGUUGGGAUUGCAGGUCUGUUCUUCAAUGUGUUCAACUAUGUUAUCUUCAUGGAUUGCUGUUAUUGUCAUGCACCCCAAGGAGACACCGAAACAGUUGGUUUUGAGAAGGAUGAUGUUUUUUCUGUUUGUAGAACUUAUACACAACACAGCGUUUCUUCUUUGAAUGCAGGUGACUCACCAAAUGACCAAAAAAGCCCUGAAGAGGGGCCUGAGAAGAAAAAAGAGAGAAAGUCUGAAGCCUUGAACAUCAGAGGUGUUCUUUUGCAUGUUAUGGGAGAUGCACUUGGAUCUGUGGUCGUGGUAGUUACUGCUACAAUCUUCCAUUUACUUCCUCUGGGGAAUGCUCCAUGUAAUUGGCAGUGCUACAUUGAUCCAAGCCUGACAGUAAUUAUGGUGUUCAUCAUCUUGUCUUCUGCAUUCCCGCUUAUCAAGGAGACCUCAAUUAUUUUGUUGCAGAUGGUUCCCAAAAGUGUUAAUAUGCAACUACUGACUGACAGACUAGCUCGUGUACCAGGGGUUAGCAGCCUUCAUGAGGUGCAUGUCUGGGAACUUGCAGGUGGGAAGAAUAUUGCUACUCUUCAUAUCAAGUGCCAAACCCCUACUGAUUACCAAGAUGCUGCUUAUAAAAUACGGAAGGUUUUCCACGAAGCAGGGAUCCAUUCUGUGACCAUCCAGCCCGAGUACAUUGACCGCAAGACCUCCCAGCUACUGUGCAGCUCACCCUGCAUCUCAAAAGCUUGUGACUCUCAGCUGUGCUGCAGUCAGCGGGAGCUCCCCCCGGCUAAAACUAAUGGUUCUACUGAGAAAAACGAUAGUUGCCUUUCUGCACUGCAUAAAGACAAUGGUUCAAGUAAAAAUGAUAUUGAAAUCCCUAUCGAGUACCCACUGGCAGAGGAUAGCAUUAAAACCGUGAAAAAUUGUGGCGUGUCUGAUGACAAAUCACAGUUGAGCAGUACACGACUUUAGGCAAUUCCCUCUACUAUGCAUAAUGUUUUCAUAGAACGAAUGUAUCCUGGCUGGAAAGGGGGUCAUCGGUGGUUGUAGCUGAAGUUGGUGUGGCAAAAGGAUUUCUGUGCUUUAGCUGUAAAC